CAACGCCCUCACAUUCUCGUAUAGUGAGGACAGAUGAGAUGCUCUGGUCAGUGACAUAUCGGAGGCAAUGUUAUCGUAUAGAUGGGUAUAAAAAUGUAAGGGUUGUUUGACUGGUCUCUCUUUCAAGCUUUGAACUUGAGAGACCAUCACUCAAAUCUUCCUUUAUCUUCAAAGAAUACCCUAUCCGGUACUCCUAUUUAUCUCGUUCUAAACCAACAAUCCAAUCCAAUCCAAUUAAAAUGGAUUCCGAAACCAUCUACGAUUCCGUCAACACACGCUACAGCGCCUCUGCUCUCUCUUCCACCUCAACUUCCUACGGAAAAGCCGUCGCCGAGGCCUUCGGCUACUCGCCUGAGGAACUUGCUUCGAUCCCGCAAGAAGCGAACUUGGGUCUCAGCUGUGGGAACCCUUUAGCUCUGGCCAAGCUCAAGGAGGGCGAGACGGUUAUUGAUUUGGGAUCUGGAGCAGGCUUCGAUGUCUUCUUGGCGGCCAGAAAGGUUGGGGAGACGGGCAAGGCGAUCGGGAUUGAUAUGAAUGAGGACAUGCUGAAGAAAGCCCGUGAAAACGCCACCAAAACCAACAUCACCAAUACUUCAUUUAUCGCUGCCAAAAUUACAUCCAUUCCUCUUCCAGAUAACUCUGCAGAUGUUGUCAUCUCUAACUGCGUCAUUAACCUCGUCCCCUCACCCUCCAAGCCCCAGGUCUUCCGCGAAAUCUUCCGCCUGCUUAAACCCGGUGGGAGACUCGCAGUUUCGGAUAUUCUAGCGAAGGUGGAGUUCACAGAGGAAAUGAGAAGGGAUGUUGCGCUGUAUGUUGGGUGUAUGGCGGGGGCGAGUAAGAUGGAGGAGUAUGAAGGGUGGUUGAAAGAUGCGGGAUUUGUGGAUGUAGUGAUUGUGGAUGCGAAGGCGGAUUUGAUGGUUUAUAUGCAGGUGGAGGGAGGAGAGGAGGUUGGAAGUUUGUGUCGUGGGGCAGAAAAGAAGGACGGCGGUUGUUGUGGGAAGGAGGAAGCCCCAUGUUGUAGAGAGGAUGAAAAGGCUUCUUGUUGUGCGGAUGGUGAAGUCAAGAAUACAGGACCUUGCUGCAGUUCGGCUACAAAGGUGGAGAAAGGAUCUUCGUGUUGCGGGGGAGGUGGUGAGAAGAACGGAGGUGUGGUUCAAGACCUGAAAUCUUUGACGGAGAAAUAUGCGCAUCUGAAUUUGAAUGAUUGGGCUGGAUCAUACAAGAUCUUCGCACUGAAGCCGCAGUAAGAGUUAUCAGUAUUACCGCCCAUUGUCGUAUAUCGUAACGACGCAAAUUGAAUAUUAUUUUCGCGGGCUAUUAGAAAGCCUGUUGGAAGGCCACUUGC